CUAAUAAUGCCUAUUGCAUAUAAAAAGAUUUAAGAGCGCGAAAAGCACUCAAAACGUCAGGUUAUGUAAAAAGCGUAAUAUAGGUUUAAAUCUGGUUAGUUCUAUUAGAAUCGGAACUUAAACUCGGCCAGUAUAUUUAUCACAAUACAAUGAACCAGUGACACGAUCUCAUUUCUUCAAGAAGUGUUAAAUAUGAUAAUUGGAUGCGAAAAUCGUAUUUGAAAGUUUUCUCCGUUACGCGUUAGUAUUCAUUUGGAUGUCACCAAGUUACAACUAAUUUAUGUAAAAAUGGAAAAGUUACUCUUUGGAAUAUUUGUGAUUACGGUUUUUCCGGCUAUUCAGUGCAGAGGACGUAACUACAUAUCCAGUAGACUCGAAUGUGGUCCUUAUGGAUUUGUUUGCGACGGGAUUACUAGAGUGCGUAUUUGUGAAGAAGGCAAUGUUUUAGGUCCCAGCUUUCGCUGUCCAUCUAACACCGUAUGCAACGAAGAGUCAACAGACGUCUGUGAAAGCACUUUUAACUACAUAGAUCCAGUUAUAACCAGAAACAUCCGGUGCUAUCGUAACGAACGCCUUGCUGACACCAGCGUUCCAGGCUGCAAAGGGUAUAUCAUGUGCAUUCCCAAUAAAAAUAGAUUCCAAGGCCUAAAAUUCCAAUGUUCUGGACAAACAAUAUUUAACGGAUUCACACGAGCAUGCACGUCACCAGAGAAAUAUAAAUGUCCUCUUACAAAUAGUACUACACAAAAUAAAUUCUACUCGGAGCCAGUUGGAAACCGUAAACCUAUUAAUGCAUACGACCAGCUUCAUAAGCCUAUUGAAUGUGAGAAUUAUAAAUUCGCAGUGACAAGUGAAGACAGUCCAUCACGUGUUACGUACUUUUGUCCCCAAAGACCACCUCGAGGAGAAAACAAAAUUCGAUGCACUGUAUUUUCUAAUAGUUUCUGCCUCGCACUGGAAAGGGACGAUGAGGACCAAUUUUUGCAAGGUGCGGGCUCUGCUUUUAGAAGGCCAAGAAAUAAUAACUAAGAUUAAUUUCUAUGUGAAAGUGCUUUUAUUUAUAAGACUGAAUUGUACCUUGUAACCUCUUUAAUGUUAUGUUAUUAAAUCGCAAACAUUCUUCACUUUAGAUAUGAGCUCAUACUUCUAGACAUUGAAAUAAAAAUCAUACACAUUUAACAAUUAUAACGAAUUAUAUUUUACCCAACGUUAAAUA